GUGGACCGAUUGGCUUUGUGGCUCCGCUGCUCGGUGCCAGCCAGGGUGCAGGCUGCAGCCAAGCUACAUGCAGACGAUCUUCCGGACGACAAGGACCGAGGAGAAGCACUUGGAGUGCAGCGUGGAAGGGAGACAGCUUUCAGAGCGAAGUUUAUUGAUGGCUUCGGAAGGACCAUCCUGAACGCCUCCGAGUAUUGGCUCCGCUGGUCACUGGUGCCUACCGGAAGCAAGGACGGAGUUCCAUUUCAGAAGGCUGGAAAGGGAAUGCCCUGGCUGCCUCAGACGACAGACAGCUUUGCGGUUUUGCGCAGGCAUGGCUAUCCACCGGCAAGGAGCCCUGUCCGAAGCGCAUUGUCGAUGGAGUGCACAUCUUGCUUGAUGGGCGGGAUGUUGGCCUUGGCCUUUGGCUGCAAGACCGGGUAG